AUGAGAACUUUUUGGGCUUUUUUGAUGCUUUCGGGAGCGGUUUGGGGAGCCGAGAUGAGAAUCCCACUGUUUGUGCAAAAACCCGGGCGUGAACCGCGUUUGCCGCUAGCCACGGUGGUUUACGAUAGCGAAACGAGUUUGUUGGAUGUUACAGAUGUCAGCGACUCGAUUCCGGAAGAUGCAUAUUGCGUGGGAGCACAAAUGGCGGAAAACUAUUAUUCGUGUUUUUCUUAUGUGAAGCUGAAAUAUCCACUGCAUUACGAUCUCUAUCUCGAUACAAAGAGCGAUUCCCAUCUGCUUUACAAGCUGUCUUUGAAGCCCAACCCACACGUAUCUGGGAUUGCGGGGACCAUAAGAAGCGUCCAGGACGGACCGGAAGCUUCCCCAGCGAAACUACGCAGGAUCACUAAGACUUACGAAGACAAGAAAAAGAGCGCUCAAAUGGGAGCCUCCAGUGCCGCUUUCCAGGAAGACGUUGAAAUCGAUGACCGCACAUUUUUGCAAAAGAAUUGGAAAUAUCUGCUUAUUGGCCUAGUACUGUACGCCGUUUCUACAGCCGGUAGUGGUCAGCAAUGA